UUGGUUGCAGAUGAACUCACAGCUCGUCGCGGUCGCAAUCGUUGCAUUUUUGACGAUUCGCCGUCUGGGGCUCAGACACCGAAAGCCAAAUUUGAUUCGAAAGUGAAAGCCUUGGGUGUCAAAUUUUACACGGUCGCUGAAAUCGGAAAGCUCACCGACUGUAUCGAUGACUCUUUCUAUGCUUGUGCUACUAUGAAAGAGAUCAAAGAGAAAGCCAUAUCAUGUGCAAUGGAGAAUACUGCUGCUGCAAAAUACAUCACGUUGAUGAAGCUGUUGACAGGCAGUGAGUACUGA